AUGGACUGGACAUGCGAUAGCUGCAAGAAGAGCUUCUCCUCCAAUGAGGCAAGAUGGCGUUGCUGUAGCAAAUGUGACUUCGAUCAUUGCACCCCCUGCAUCAAGAAAGUUGAUUACAAACCCAAGCAUCCGCACACCUUGGCCUAUGUCAGUUAUAAAUGCAGUGAAUGUGGCGAAAACUCUGUGGGAGACCGAGUAUACUGCCCGACAUGCAAAGUCACCUAUGACGCUUGCUAUCGGUGCGUCUUACGUAAAAUUACGGCAAAGGAUGCAACCUUGAAUGGCAGUGGAUCAGUGAAAUCGAUCAGUGUUAAUGCAACUCCAUUUGCAUCAGGAGCCACCCGUGAUGCCUUCAAAGUGGAAGCAACUAUGGAGGAUGGCAAAAAGCAACCUUACGUAUUGAAGGCGUUUAAACCCAAGUUCUUCAACGCAGGAAUGGAAAUGGAUAUUGUUGUGAAGAUUCACUUGAAAGCUUACGAACUUGCUCUUGAGUUCAACAAGGAAAUGCAGCUGAACCAUCCCAUCAUUUUCAAGCGACCAAUUCUUCAUACAAUGAGUACCACAGUCGAGAAAGAUGGAAAGCCUGUCUUUGUGAAGGGAGAAAAAGUUGCCCUCGAGCCGUUCAUUCAUGGGGAAUAUGAGAAAUUCAGCUCCAAUUCCGGAUUCAUUCUUGAUGGAUACACUGCUCCAGGAGUCUUCACCCAUUUCACAUGGCACAAGACGCAAGAGCUAAUAGUCUGUGAUUUACAAGGGGUGCGCCAAAUUAAAGGCAACGAGCAUGAUGCAUAUUACUUCACUGACCCAGCCAUCAAUUCUUUGAAGCAGAAUUGGGGACCCACCGACCGCCGCAGGCAGAGCGAUGGCCCCACCAGGGAUGGAUACGGAGCUGUCACAACUGUUUGCUCAUUUGUUGGCUGGAAUGAUGUCCGGUGA